CUAUGGAGCUCCUGCGUCCGCCGCCCUCACCUUCGAUUUUCGCUUACCUCAGCCAGCUAGCGCCGUCUCAGCCCGCCAAGCCCUGGCUGCCUUUCUUCCCUCGCUGCACCGUGGCUCUCCCUGCAAGCAACCACACUCUCUCACCCCGUCCCGCCACGGUGUCAACCUCCCCCGGAGCUUCCGAGAGCCACCUAGACAGCUAGAUAAUCAAUUCGUGACUCGCAACAUGUCGUACGCACCUAACGGUCGCAUGCUCUCGCCGGGCGAGGUCUAUGAGGAGGCCCCGAGGCAGGUCAAGGAGGAAGAAUGGUCCGAGGAUCUGAACGUCACUCUGAUGUGCCCCGACUGUCGCGAGAUGCCGCCCAACCUCGUCGAGGAAUUCAGCGCCGGAGACACUAUUUGUGGCUCCUGCGGCCGCGUGCUCUCUGAGCGUGGCAUCGACACACGUUCUGAGUGGCGUACGUUCUCCAACGACGACCAAGGCAACGACGAUCCCUCGCGUAUCGGUGACGCCGCCAACCCGCUGCUGCGAGGUUCUCAGCUGCAGACUGAAAUCGGCUUCGGUGAUGGCGGCCUGAAGGUGCGCGAGCUGUCUCGUGCCCACAACAAGAGCAACCACGACAAAGGAAACAAGUCGCUGCAGUCUGCCUUUGGCCAGAUCACCACGCUCUGCGACUCGCAGAACAUCAGCAAGACCACUCAAGACACUGCCAAGAUGCUCUUCCGUGCUACGGACGAUGCGAAGCUCUUCAAGGGCAAGUCGCAGGACGCCAUCAUCGCCGGCUGCAUCUUCAUCGCCUGUCGCCAGCACAGCCAGAACCGUAGUUUCCGUGAAAUAUUCAAGAUGACAAACGUUUCAAAGAAGGAGGUGGGUCGCACAUUCAAGACACUCGAAGCGUUCCUGCAGAAGAGGCAGAAGGAACUCGGCACCGGCGACACCAACGGGCAAGUUCUGGAUACCUCCAAGUUCGCCAAGGGCGGCAGCACCAGCGCAGAGACGCUCAUGCCUCGUGCCUGCGCCAAGCUGGACCUCGAACGCUUCAUCCAGCUCAUCGCCGAGGAAUGUGCACGCCUCGUCUCGGAUCACGGGAUCGCCGCUGGUCGGUCGCCUCUUUCCAUUGCCGGUGCCUGUCUCUACUUUGUCUCCCACCUCAUGGGUAACCCUCGUUCUCCUAAAGAAAUCGGCCAAGCCGUCGAAGUCAGCGACGGCACCAUCCGUACCGCCUACAAGGCGCUUUACAGCGCACAGGACCAAAUCAUCAAGCCAGAGUGGCUCCAACCCGGUAAGGGCGGCGAUAAGUCAAGGCUCCCUGCGGUCUAGAAAGCUGCGACUGGUUCCAAGGGUACCGUGAUGUGUCCUUGCUACUAUCAUGGAUGCAUCUAUCUUUGAUGAGGGUUCGCGUAAAGAGUAGACGACGAGAUGGGGCAUCUUCAAAUUAUUUUGUGUAGUAUUUUUGCAUUUCUAGCGCUCAUGGGACGGUGUUCAGGGUCAUAUUCCCACAAAUUGGAUUGCUUUGUGCUUACAAUACCCCAUAGAAAGGACUGAAAAUGGAAAAUGGCGUUUUGGA